AUGGCAGGGUUGUGUGCAAGCCAUUCUGCUGUUCGUGUUCGUGUCCGUGUUCAUUCUCGGGCUCGUGUCCGGUCGCCUUUCCAUCCGUGCAAUGUCAAGGCUGCAACAGGUUCCAAAUUGGUCGAAGAGAAAUCCGAACUUUCAAAGAACUUUUUCUUCACAAAUAGCUUAACCGCGGAGGCUGAAGAAUCCGGGAACACCGUGAUGGUAGUGGUGGAUUCUACCUCCGAGUCUAAAGGAUCUCUCGAGUGGGCGCUUUCCCACGCCGUACAAACCCCCCGGGACACCAUUCUUCUUUUUCAUGUCGCCAAACAAGAUGGGAAAAGUAGGGUGGAAAUAAGGCAAAAGGCGUACGACAUUCUUCGAUCCACAAAAAACACAUGCCAAUUGAAAAGACCAGAGGUGAGAGUUGAGAUGGCCUACCGAGAAGGAAAGGAAAAGGGAGCAACCAUAGUCGAAGAGGCAAACCGGUUAGGCGUGUCAUUGCUAGUCUUGGGACACCGUAAACAAUCAUUCUUAAGGCUUGUCCAAACAAUUUGGACAAACAAAAAAUCUCGGAUCAACCGGGUUGUUGAUCAUUGCAUUCAAAAUGCUAAAUGCAUGACAAUUGCAGUUAGGCGAAAGAACUCGAAAUAUGGAGGGUACUUAAUCACCACAAAACGACACAAGAAUUUUUGGCUUUUAGCCUAGCAAUCUCCGCGCGCGC